AUGCAUAGUUCAGAAGAUACUAUACCUGGGCCGAAACUUGUGAUCGACCAUGAUGGGGGAGCUGAUGACGCGAUGGCUAUAUUCAUGGCUCUACAAUAUCAAAAAUAUUUCGGUGGAAAUCAAGUCAUCGCAUUAACAACAACCCACGGCAAUGUAAAUGAACCGCAAGUGUUCAACAAUACCCAGAAAUUUUUAAAUAUCGUCGACAGGAGAGACGUAUUUAUUUACAGAGGUAGUAAAUUUCCUCUUGUAGAAGGAAUAGAAUCUGAUUACUAUUUUGGUAUGGACGGACUUGGGGACAGUGAAUCUGAAUUUCUGGAAUAUGAACCUAUUGAAGCUCAAUCAAAUUCAGCCGCUUUGGCGUUAAUUGAAUUGUCGAAAAAAUUUGAAGGAGAAUUGAUCGUUGUUGCACUGGGACCGUUGACAAAUAUUGCAAUGGCAGUACGACUAGAUCCAGGAUUCAUUAGUCGUCUUCUAAAAUUAUAUGUCGCUGGUGGACAUAUUUUCAGCGAAAUAUACAACGAACCAGAAUUCAAUGCAGAAAUGGAUGUGGAGUCAUAUUACAUCGUUUUACAGAACAGUCAACCAGAUAUAGUAACGUUGGUCCCCUUCUCCCAAGUAUACUUAUCUCAUAAUAUUAGUAGAGAAUGGCGAGUUUCAACUUUAGGUUCAAUACCAAGUGAAUUAAUAAGAGCUUUAAAUGUUUUUGAACAAAAAUCUAUAGUUAAAAGUGAGAAAUGGAUCUUACUAGAUCCAGUUGCUAUGGCAAUAGUACUUAAUAAGACUCAGAUUAUUGAAGAGUGGAGAUAUACGUACAACUCUAUUGAUUUGUGUGGAAGAGGAAGAGGUACAAAUACAAAUAAUUUCACAUCAAACGAAUAUUUCAACUCUAAAAUUGUUUACAAAGUGAAAGAAGAACCGUACAAGAAAAUGCUUAUUGACAUAUUUUCUGCCGAUUUGAAAUAA